CUGCGAACUGGUUCUUGGGUAGUUUACAACAUGGCCGACGGUUUGUAAAUAUUUGUAGCUGUUCAUCGGGAAAUAACAUAAUAAACUUGAAUCUACCUCCUGUUUUUAAAACCCACAACCGUGGUGUGAGCUUCGUACUGUUUUUGAUCACCACUGGAAACGAUCAGACAUUUAGCAAGAUGACUGCAAAGAAUACGACUGCCCUGCUGCAGCGCCUGCGGGCUGCAAUGAAGAACAACCAGUACGUCUGUGAGAAGCUGAAUGCCUACAUCAUACCAUCAGGAGAUGCGCACCAUAGUGAGUACAUUUCUCCCUGUGACAUGAGACGGGCGUUUAUCUCGGGUUUUACUGGCUCAGCGGGAACAGCUAUUGUCACAGACAAUCAUGCAGCUAUGUGGACCGAUGGAAGAUAUUUCCUGCAGGCUGACCAGCAGAUGGACCGGAACUGGACCCUGAUGAAAAUGGGAAUGUCCAAAACACCUUCCCAAGAAGACUGGCUUGUAAAGGUUCUCCCUGAGGGUGCAAGAGUUGGAGUGGACCCAUUCCUCCUGUCCAUAGAAGAAUGGAAAAGAUUGUCAAGCAAACUGGAAUCAUCUGGGCACAAACUGGUUGCAGCUGACCAGAACCUGGUUGACUUGGUCUGGGAUGACCGGCCUGAACCACCCUCCAAUCCACUGAUGGUGCUAAGUACAAAGUACACAGGUUGUCCAUGGCAAGACAAAGUUCGUCAGGCACGGGACCAGAUGCAGGAGAAGGGAGCUGCUGUCCUGGUGGUCACUGCCCUGGAUGAGGUGGCAUGGCUUUUUAACCUGAGAGGCUCAGACAUUGACUUCAACCCAGUCUUCUUCUCCUAUGCCAUGAUCGGGAAGGAGUAUGUCAAGCUCUUUAUUGAUGAAUCCAAGUUGGACAAUGCUGCUCGAGUCCACCUGAUGUUGGAUGCAGACAAGAAUACGGAGGAUUACAUGAAGGUGGAGAUCUUCCCAUAUGAUGACAUCAUUGCUCAGCUGAAAGUGUCAUGUCAGGAGGUGGGGAAGGAGAAGAUAUGGCUGAGUGACAGGGGGAGUGCUGCACUGGGCAAUUUAGUUCCUGAUAAUAUGAGACUAACCCAGCAGUCUCCUCUAUGUCUGAACAAAGCCAAGAAGAAUGACACAGAAAUCAAGUGUAUGAGGAGAGCCCAUGUGAAAGAUGCUGUUGCCUUAUGUGAAUAUUUUGCUUGGCUGGAAAAAGAGGUUCCUAAGGGUGAGCUGAAUGAGGUGACAGCAGCAGACAGACUGGAGCAGUUCAGGAGAGAGCAGGAGGACUUUGUUAGCCUUAGUUUUGACACUAUUUCGGGAGUUGGGUCCAAUGGUGCUAUUAUCCACUACAGGCCCUGCAAGGAGACUGCCAAAACCCUGACAACCCAGGAGCUCUAUCUGUGUGACUCAGGCGCUCAGUACAGAGAUGGUACAACAGAUGUCACAAGGACUGUGCACUUUGGGACUCCAUCACAGCAUGAAAAGGAGUGCUUCACCAGGGUACUGAAGGGUCACAUUGGUCUCUCUAGUGCAGUUUUCCCCAAUGGGAUCAAGGGCCACCAGUUAGACACCCUGGCCCGGCAGCACCUGUGGGAUGUAGGGCUGGAGUAUCUCCACGGCACCGGGCACGGCGUGGGAGCCUUCCUCAACGUGCACGAAGGUCCCUGUGGCAUCAGUGCCAGGUUGUCCCUUACAGAGUCCACAUUGGAAGCAGGCAUGAUUGUCACUGAUGAGCCAGGCUAUUAUGAGGAUGGAGCAUUUGGCAUCAGGAUAGAGAAUGUUGUCCUUGUCAAGCCAACUGAAACAAAGUUCAACUUCAAAAACAAAGGUUUCUUGACAUUUGAACCCCUCACCCUCGCUCCCAUCCAAAGCAAAUUGCUGGAACCCAGUAUGCUGACAGAGAAGGAGGUAAGCUGGCUGGAUGACUACCACACCACCUGCAGAGAGGUUGUUGGGAAGGAGCUGGAGUUGCAGGGCAGAACCGAAGCUCUGCAGUGGCUUUUAAGAAACACACAAACUCUGGGCUAAUUGGAGGUCCAUGGAGCAGAAUUUUACAGAAGUGCAAGUCAUGGAAGACUUGUACCAGUACCUGCUGUUGCCAGUUUUAGCUUGUGGCACAAGAAUGACUACGACACAAAUGUGCAUGAGGUGUUUUGAAGUGCACUGAAAAUCUUAUUCCUCAAGGCAGAAUUUUAGACAUUUGCUGCAGAAUUUCGUUUCAACGUCUUUUUAGUAGCAUUCGAAAUAUGUAACCAUUGAUUGAAUCUUACAUUGCAGCAUGCAGUUGUAUGCAAUUGUAUAAGCAAACUAUUUCCUAGAAUAAUGUAUGCUACAUAAAUAGAUCAGCUAACUACUACAGUCAAAACUGUCUAUAGCGGCCACUCAAGGGACUGAUCAAAAUUGGCCACUAUAGCUAGGUGGCCACUAUAGAGAAACUGCUAAUUAAUUGACCACAAGCAAUAAGUUACACAUGGUUUUAGUGACCAUUGAUCUUUCAUCACAUAAUACAGUACUAUACAUGUACUGCAAUGAUUGUUACACUAUAUAUAUGUAUUAAGAAAACAAAAGCUAAAGAAAAGUUUUAAAUGUUCUACAGUUGAGAUUGUCUGAAGAGACCGGUAUUGUCAUAUUUUUGGAUCCUUCGGCUUUGAUCCUUUCAUACUUCGCCGUCCGUGUGUUCCCGCUCGUGUUCACACAUCAGAUUCCCCCA